AUGACUAACGAACAAGACAAAGACCAAAAUUUACAAGACUACGCUCGUAAACUGGGUGAUGCCGCUUGGAAUACUGCUAAAAAAGCCGGUAAAAUUGCGGCUGAUGCUGCUCUCGACCCGAAUGUUUACAGCAAAAUCUACCAAGGUUUAAAAACAGGAGCCAAGGAAGGAGCCAAAUUUGCUCUGAAAACUGGGGUAACACUAGCUACUAAUCCCAAACAAGCUUUACACACAGCCAUCGGAUUGGCCGAAAGAGCCGUUAGUUCGAUACCUUUAAUCGGAAAUGCUCUCAGUUUUGGACUAGGAACGGCCAAAGAUGCUUUACUAGAUGCUAAACUAGAAACUCUCAGUAAAAAUAUUCAAGGACUAAAAGACGGUUUAGAAAACUUGGCUAAUUCCACGGCCCAAGCCUUAGACGGUUUACGAGGUGAAAUGCAAGAAGCUUUGGAAGCCAUGGGAGCCCGCCAAGACCAAUUAGAACAAUUUACCAAAGCCUUUCAAGCCGAGCAAGAAAAAGUUAACCAGCAAGUUCAAAAAAACAUCGAGAAUAUUGAAGAAACCCUCCAAGAACACGAAAAGAAAAUCAAAGACAACUCGGAAAAAAUCUUUAAAGAACAAAUUAAAUUAGAAGAUGUUCGCGGUGAAUUAAAAGACCAAAUUCGCGUUACUAAUACCAAUCUCGAUAAUUUACGCAAAGAACAAAGCGAAACUAAGCAAGAUUUCGAAAAAUAUAAACACCAGAUUAAUGAGAAAACAGUGAAAACAGAGCAGGCUUUUGAAGACCUCCAAGCCGAUUACACGCGGCAUAAUAAAAUCUUAGAAACUCAAAUUAAGGAUAACGAAGAACAAUUAAGUGAAUUUCAAGAAAACUUGGCUAAUGUCGAAUACGAGCAAAAGAAACUUAACUUAGAACACCAAGAAUUGGCCGAAACCUUAGAAGAACAGGUUAAUUUAGCCCGUGAACAAAAAAAUAGAUUAGAUUUGGUGGUGAAUGAAAUCGAAGAAAUUGAAGAAGAAUUUAACCAAAGAAUCAGCAAAAUCCAACGCGAACAAUUAGAACAAGAAGAAAAAAUUGAUGAAGCUGUGUUCGCUGCUAAACAAGCCACCCGCAAAGUGGACGAAAUAGCCGACAAGUUAGAAAAACAUAAUAAAAAAGUAGAUAAAUUAGCGGAAAAAAUAGUCCACAAUAAGAAAUUAACUGAGGAAGCGAAAAAAGAAGCCCAGUGGGCUAAUGAAAGAAUUGAUAAUCUAUUAAAAACUCAAAAGUUAUUAGAUACUUCGGCCGAGGAUAUGGCUUUGGACAAAAUUCAAAAAACUUUACAAUUAAAAGCCGAAGAAGCCCAAUUAUUAGCCAGUUUAGAAUUGUUAAAGAAAACCCAGAAAUUAAUCACCCAACCUAGUGAAAGAGAAUGGAAAGUCGGCAUUAAGGAAGGAACGGAAAAGCAAAUCCCUCGUCCGGAAGGAAUGCCCUUAAAACCUGAUUCUAGAGAGCAUGAAACUGCUCCGCUCACUGACCCUGAAAAAAGAAAACCGGAAGAAGCAGCCCCUAGCCAACCGCAGCAGCAACAAGAACAAACCGAGCAAUCUUCCGAACAGCAAAAAAAUCUCCAAGAAGUAAUUGAAGAUACCAAAAGCCAAUUACUCGAACAACUCCAAGAAAUUCAAGAGCAAAUUAACGAAAAUAUUACUCCCUUAGAAGAAAUAACUACCGCUUCCCGCGAAGAUAGUGAAAGUGAAGAAGAGGAAAUAAAAAAAUUGGAACAAAAAGAACAGCAGUUAGUCAGUGAAAAAGCCCAAGCCCAAGCUAAAUUUGUUCAAUCCCGUAAUCAACAACAAGCCACCCAACAACAACAAGCCCAAAUAAAAGCAGAAAUCGUUAAAGAACAAAAACAAAUCCAGAAAAUUGAGCAAAGUCUGGGUCAAAAAUCUACUACUCCCCAGCAAAAGCAAAAACUGCAAGAAAAUAAAGAAAAAAGAGAGGAAAAAUUAAUUCAAUUACAGAAGCAGUUAGAGCAAACUGAGCAAGCCGAAAAAAAACUGGAAAAACAAGUAGAGAAAGGCGAAAAAGAAGUUCAAAAAAAAGAACAGGAAAUUAAGAAAGUCCAACAACAACCACCUUCUGCUAUCCUAGCCAAAAAACUAGCUAAGGAAAUUAAAGAUGCGGAACAACAGGCCAAUCAAGCCAAACAUGACCCGGAAACUCCCACUUUAAAAAAGAUUGAAGAGAAAAUCCAAGAAAUUAAAGAAUCGCAAUCCUCGACCGCUGCUCCUCAGAAGUCAAUGAGCCUUUACAUGCUUUAUUUGAUUAUCUUCUUAUUGGAGUAUAUUGUUUAUAAAAAGAAUGGUUUAACUGGCAUUUACGGCUAUACUUAUUGGAAAAGUAAAAAAGAAAUAACCGUCAAAGAAAAGGAGUUAAUCGAAACUCAGGAAGAAUUUGCCGAAAAGGUUAUUAAAAACGAAACUGAGUAUAUUGAAAGAUUACAAGAAGCCUCAGAAAACUUAGAAAAAGUUAAAGCCAAAAUUAAAACUUCACAAACGGUCAACUUCGCUAUUUUAAGCCAAGGAAUUGGCACUCCUAGUAAUAUUUUCUUUACUAAUCAACAAGAAGUAGAGCAAUUAAAGAAAGCGGAACAGCAGCUAGCCGAGAAAAUCCAAAAUAAACAAAAUGAGCAAGUUUAUCAGGAAAUUUCUCAAACCUUGGUCAAAAUACCGGCUUAUCCACCAGAUUUCAAACCAGGUGAAGAAUUACCCCAUGAUAACUUUGUUACUAUUACUUGUUACACUGAAAGUUCUAUACCUAACUUAUCAGGAAGAACUGUAAUUUUCCUUGAAGAAAUCAAAGAAGAAGUUGAUGAGCAAAGGGAAAUAGUUAUCCACAAGAAAACCCAAGAGGAUUAUCAAAGGGAUCAACUGGGUGUUAUUGGCACUAUUGGAAGUGCUCAUUCUGAUAAAAAGAUUCGUUUAGAGCAUUGGGAAAAUUGUUCUAGCAGCCCCGAAGAGGUAAGAACACUUGCUAAGCAAAAACUGGGAGAAUUGCCAGCUCCUCGAAAAGAAAUUGAGAAAUUGUUAAAAGCUCUCCUCUUUACGAUGCAAGCAAAAGAACUUGAGAAAAAUAUGAAGCACGAUAUCAAAUCUAUCAAAUUAAAUGACAGUAAGUUAAUAAUUGAGUAUAAUAAUUCCACCACCGAAACCAGAACCUCAACUGAACCCGAGUUGCAGCAAAUUAGAAGUUACUGCCAAGCCCGAGGAUUAAACACUCUUGCUUUAACUGAUUUACAAAAACAAGGCACUAAUACUCAACAACCCACUAAUUACUUACCUUACAUAUUAGGAGGGAUAGGAAUAAAUAGUAGUGGUGGGAUUAGUUGCUUAUUUCUUGCUAAGAAAGAAAAGAAAAUAAUGCAAGAACAAUUUAUUCAACCUUCUAAAAUAAUUGGAAUAGAAAAGUUACCAAUCAAAGUAAAAAAACCUACUCAAAAACGAACUGCCAUUGCCUUUGGAUUACAUGUAACUCAUCAAGAAAUAGGCAGAAAGCCAAAGACUAAAGACCCCAUAUUAGCGAAACUUUUAAGAUACUACACUUCCCAACUUAAAAAAGGAGAUAUUUCAAAUCAACGAGAAGUAGCAAAUCUUAUCUUUCGAGAAACAGGGCAAAAGAUUAGUCAACCUACUAUUUCUCGAUUUUUGAAAAGAAAAAAAGUUACUCAUAAGAAAAUCAAUUACCAUUAUACUGAACAGUUAAAUCAUCCUGAGAAAAUUGCAAAGUUUGUUGAGCAAAUUCCAACCUUGUCUAAAUCUCCUGUCUUAGCAAUAGAUGAAUGUUCUUUCCAUUUAAAUGAAGUUCCUAGAUAUUCCUAUGCUGAAAAAGGCAAGCGAGCUAAUCGUAGAAAACCAAGCAAAAAAGGAGAUAAUCACACUUUAAUUCUUUGUAUUCAAAACAUAAAGGGGAGAGGGAUAGUUAAAUGGGAGCUAAUCCCAAGAGGGAUGAAGAGUAAAGAUUUUCAUAAAUUCAUUUCUAGUCUUAAUCUUCCAACUGACCAAAAACUUUAUCUCUUAUUAGAUAAUCUCAAAGUUCAUCAUGCCACUAAAUCUUGUCAAAAUGAAGGCUUAUCAACUAUUAAGGAAUUAUUAGAAAGUAAAAAUAUCGAACCUGAAUAUUUACCGCCUUACACACCUGAAUUAAAUCCUGUAGAGUUAUGUUUUAAUUUUCUGAGACAGAAUACCGAAAAAAAGAAACCAAGAACUUUUGAAGAGUUAGAAGCAUCCAUUGAUAAAGCAAUAAAAAUGUUAGAACAAAAAGAUUUAACUAAGUAUUUUCAGCACUGUUGGGAAUAUUUUGAUAAGGAUAAAGAACGAGAAAAGGAUACUGAAAAGGGAAUCAAAAAAUCUAUUCGUUCUAACUGA